AGAGUUCUCAUCCAGUGUGUCUAGCAAACGCUCAGCUCCUCCGAAGUGUGGGAACUCGCCGAAAUCCACGAUAAUCGACGGUGUCGCACAGCAAAAUGACUCUCUGAUGCAGUAGGCGUUGAAUUCGACCUCCGAUGAUGGGGUAUGGUUAAAGUUUGGAUAGAGCACCCAUCAGCAUCUCGACUGCCAUGGACACUGCAACCCCUACUUCAGAUGUGAGUUCCGUGCGCCGUAAUCGCUCUCAAACCAGGAAGAUUUCGGAUGGCGCCGUAAAGUUUCGAUGCAUUUCGCUGAAGUGUCUUGCACCGCCCGAUAAGAGCAGCCUCGACAAGCCCGGACCUUCUGGCGUCGUCGCUCCCAAAAAAGCCAAUCGACGCAGCCACAGUCAGAUCAGCUGUUCGACUUGCUGUCCGGUGUGCGGAGUGACCAUAAAGGUUUCCGAAGCGGGAGCGCACUUUGAGGUCGAAGUCGCUAGGCUCAAGGAUGUCACGACGCACCGGAAUGGAAAGCGCGCUCGGAGUCAUGCCGACCGACAUUGUGUGGAGACGGUACGCGAGGAGCGUCGCAAGAUCGUGAAGAGUGUCCGCCAGAAUCGGAGCAAACGACUCACUUUGAGGACGGCACCUCCUCACAGAAGGCGUAGGCUUCCGGGACAGGUGGACUGUCCAGUUUGCGGCCAAGCGAUCAAUCAUCUCUCCGAAGAGGAGCGCAUCGGCCACGUUGAAGAUUGUCUCAAUUCGCAGAACGCCACGAGCCACGAAGUCGAUAUUGAGGGUGGCGGUUCCAGCGCGAGUGAGCUUGAAGAAUAUGAGUGGGCGGGCCAGACUCGGAUCCGCUCAGUUGUACUCUCGGAUAUCGUGCCCAGAUCCAACCGGAAUGGACAAGAAGAUGACAGUGGCGACUUGGAUGUCGACGGAGUUGACGAGGCAGUUUACGGGGAAUCCCAAUUCUCGGAAGCCGAUCUCAUAUCGAUUUCUCAGGACAACUCGAGUCAACGGAUCCGAGAGGCAAUGGUUCGGACGGCCGGUGCCAAUAGCGGAGCACCCCCUGAAGUUCCUUCAAAAUGGGACACAUUGGAGGACUUGAGCUUGACUCAACGCCUCCAAGACGAUGAUCAACCUUCAUCAGAAAGUUCAGGUCCGCGGAGCGGUUCGUCUAUCGUGAUCGAAGCGUUGAAGACUCGGAUUCGUGAUCUGGAAGACUCGAAGCCCUGUUCGAGCCUGAUGUCGGCGCGCUGCCUUGUUUGCAUGGAGUUGUACCUCAACCCGUUGGUGAGCGUGGCGUGUUGGCACGUAUACUGCCAGGACUGUUGGCUCAAGACUCUGAGCUGCAAGAAACUAUGCCCGCAGUGUAGCACGAUCACGAGCCCCGGAGACCUUCGACGCAUCUACCUCUGAGUGAGAGUCAUUGAGGAUCGACCGAAUCAAGUGUCUAAUGGCAGAGGGGUGUAGAUACGUUGUACAAAUCAUCGGACGUGG